AUGAACGUCCGACGAUUGCCUGGUUUCAUGUACCACUACAAGGUGAUCACGAUGCUCCUCUUCACGACCAUGGUUCUCGUUGUCUACCUUCUCCUUCACUGGGGUAUUAUGUGCACGAACCUUGAAGCUUGGCGGCACGUAUCCAACGUGUGCAGCACGCACAAAAAAGGAGCUGCAAUAGGAAUUCUCUGCGACCCGCUAUGCUCGGAAAGAGGGAUUCACUCGCUCGCAUGCGAAACUCUUCACGCUGGCAAAGAAGCGGUUUUCUCGGCCCACUGGGAGACGACCCGACUUGUGUUCAAAGCCUCAAGAACGAAGACACCGAUGGAGCAGUACGAGACGUUAUUCUGGACGGACGCGACUGGCAUAAAGCAUUUCCCGUCUGAGACGGACUUCAACACCAUGAUCAAAGAUCUGGUCGUUAGCAAGCUGAACGUGACGCUGUCGCAGCAUCAAUUAGAGAGGCUUGCACGACUUCGUACGCAUCGUGUCGAGACCGAGCCCAGAAGGCGACAGCUCGAGAUGGAAAAUCUCUGGCCGCUGUUACAGGAGAACGAGUACCUGAUGAGCAUACUGUACGAGGACAGGGACAUUUUUCCACAGCUGAUUGGCACAUGCGGAACCUUCUACGCGGUCGAAUACGUACGACCCAUAGAAACACCCACGACAAUCCUUGCUCUGUCCGAUUCGAAACCGGAAUGGGCGAAAAGAUUGAAGCUGGCCGUGAUGAUCCUGGACCUGCUCGAAGAACUCGACACCAACUUUCCUGAGCCGAUCCAUCUGUGCGAUGUGAAGAUAAACCAUUUCGGUUUGCCUCUCGGUGGACAGAAGCUCAAGUUCCUCGACCUGGACGCGGUGUUUCCUAAAACGAUUAUCAGCCGUAUCACCGCGGACGGGAAGAACUGCGAGAAACACGACGACUGCGACUACUUCGACUGCAGGUCCUUCUGCUCGAAGAACAAACGAUGCGAGUCACCGGUCGCCAACAACAAUUUACAAAUCAUCUGCGAGAAAAUAUUUCUCGGUUGGACUCUCUCGGGGACUAUCAUAAUUCCUGGAUUACUCAUGUCGGAGCACACCACCAGUACACUGGCAGUUCUUUUACGACAAUGCGCGAAUCCUGCCAAUGACAUUGAACAUUUACCACGUGCUGCAGUUUCGGAUAAUUUGAAGACACGACUGUACAAUAUGCUGCACGAAAUGGAACAAGAAGUUGCUGCUUCCGUAUAGAAACGUUUUAGUUCGGAAAAAUCACGAGAAUCCAAAGGAUCCUCGUUCAUGAACAUAUAGGUAUAUUUUCAAACGUAUUCGAUCGAAUUAUCAAAGGCUGUUGUUAGAAGAGCGAAUUGUUGAAAUUUAUAAGAAUUUUAUUACACAAGAAGAUAUUAGCGAUCGAAGGUAUAAACAUGAGAACGAUACUUUCGAUGAAUUUCUUGAAAAAUUUGUAAAUAAAACGAGAGAAAUUUUGAAACGUUGAAACUUUUAAGUUUUGAUAAAAUGGUUUAAUUAACACUAUUGCAAUUUUUUAAGAAAUUCGCUGAAAAUGUUGAACUACGGGGAGUAUGAUAUCUGGAAAUGAAUAGAUUCAAUUUAUUUUUAGAAUUUAUCAACCCCUACAUUUUCAUAAUUUAACUUUUCGAUUUAAUAUACUUCUUGAAGGAUUAAUGAAAUUUAUUCGAAUGUCUACACGUACUUAAAGGUACCAACCAAUGAACAUAUAUUUAUUGUAGAGUUUAUUUAUUCUUCUUAUACGUAAUAAUAUUUCAAAUAAACCAAAUUUUACACAAGCGAUUUUAAACAAAUACAUUAACUUUUGAAGCAUGAAGGUACUAACGAUUUUAGAAUGACUAUGAAGUUAAUGGAACGAAGUUAAAUCUCGUUGUCGUUCGAAUAACGGUAUAAGUAUUAAGUUUUCCGAAAAGUUUCUUUCAUUUUAUAAGGAAACGAUAUAUGCACGACAUUUUUUAUUUUAUAUUAUUUUAUUGAAUUAUGUAUGAUCCAUUUUGUUCCAAUAGAAACAAAAAAUGUUGUACAUCUACUACUUCCUUACAAAAUGAAAGAAACUUUUACGACAAGCAUAGAAUGUUCGACACGCAUUUACUGAUUAAACAGAAACCCCUAAACGGCUGACGUUUGUAGUCGUUCGUUAAGCUUCAUUGUCACCUCAGCCUGGAAAUUGAUUUACAUUCAUUCGGAGAGCUAAAAAAAAUGAGCGUAGCUCCAUGUAAAAUAUAAAAUAUGCGAGAAUCGAAAUGAACAAUCGGGAAAUAUCUAACUUUCUACGAAUCCAGAGAAACGAAAAUUAACAAAUAAUCUUUGUACUCGGAGAAUAUAAUAAAAUAAGCGACCACUAGAGGCUAGUGAUAGUAAUAAGAAUAG